UGUUUGAAUGUAAUCCUUCCAGUAAGUACGUAUUUAUGUACCUGAUUCUCGACCUUUGACUCCAGGGUAAAGAUACUCAUCUUACAGCUAAGUUUGAAAAUAAUCAUUUUUGUCUUGUGUGCCUGUCGAUUCAAAACAUUCUUCUUAUAUUUUUGUGCCUUCUACAUAGUUCUUACCUUCGAUUAUAUUCGCGGUAGAUAAAUGUAUAUCAUAAGAAUACAGAUAAAUAUUUAUUAGAAUCUUACAAUUAAACAUUUUUGAAGGUUCCUGUGUUUUAACACUUUAAAAUGUGAAAACCGUGGAAAGAACCAAAUAUUCCCCCUUGUUAGAAGGAAACAUUAAAAACAACGCAGAAUUAUAAGAUGAAGUGAAGAUGGUAGUCGAACCUAAUGACAAUUUAGAAGACGAACUACCUCGGCACAUAAAAAAACAGAUCCAUCCAAAGAAAUUAUCAACUGGCGGGGCAGUAAGCGGAUUAAUUGCCCAGAAAAUGGUCUAAAGACUAACUAAAUAUUCGCAUAUCAUUAAGGAACACCCUGACCUAUUAUGACAUAGAAAAUACAUGAAUCCGUCUGAGUAUGGGCGUACUCUUGCUCCCAAGUAAUAUAAUCGUGAUCGUUAGUGACGGCUGCCAAGAUCUACAAUCUAUUUCGUAUCGACUAUAUAAAUGUCUCUGCUACAAAAAUGUUCAAACCACUGACUCAAAUAUGUAACGACCAUAGAAACUACUUCUUUAGUAUGACGAAAUUGUUGUUGAUGUAUUUAGAUGUAUUUUAGAAUAAACUACAAAGGAAAACGUUAUUUCUCAUUUCUCAAAUAGGGGAUAAAGUAAAACAACGAGAAAAUGAGAGGUGCAAGAAGUCCCAAAUUAUUUGCGUGGUAAAACCCGCUUAGUUUUUUCACGAGAUUCAAUUACCGCUCUUUCUCGUUACCUCUGGACUAGCGAAUCACUUCUAGACCCUGUUUUGUGACACACAAAAAGGCUCGUCGGAACCGGCGGCGAUACCAUUACUUGGCGAAAAUUCUCCUUAUUCAAACCAAUACGGCGUGACCGAAACGAACCGUAAAAAUCUUAUAAGACAGGAUGCGAGGCAUAAUAGCUAUUUGGAAGGACGAAAACACAAUGACCCUAUAUAUAAAAACCCAGGAGUGACGAUUUGUUUUGCCAGUUUCUGAUCGCGUCUCAGUGCAACGUCGCCGUAGACGACAUGAGCAAACUUUUCACAUCAAUCCACGUCUUGGUGACUCUAGUGGUGAUUUUUGGAGGAGGCCUCGUGGCUCCAAGUUCGGUCGUCAUCAAAUCGGGUAUCAGCAAAAACGAAGGUCAAACUAAAAAAGAAAAUAACGAAGGAGUACAAAUCCGCAAAGGUAUCGCGAACUAUGAAGGAGAAGAAGGCUUCAACAAGGACGACGAAACAAAAUCGGUAAGCGCCCAAGACGCCGGUAGAUACGGAGAACAGGCUGCCAAUAAUAAGGCCCAUUUGGACUCAAAAGACUUCAACGAGGAAAACUUCAGACAAAAUGGCGGAUCGCACAACACGGACUUCGGGACGAAGGUGGCCCACAAAAAAGGUCACCACAAGUCCGGGUUCCAAAACAGCUACCACAAGGACGAGAGUGGAAGCAACUCGAGUUACUUUGAUGACGGCAGUGACGAAGGGGACGAGGUGGUGAGGAAGACUUCGCAAGGAGCUUACGGUGAUGCUGGUCGCCAACACCAAAAUGGCGGUCACCUGGACAGUGCCCAAUUCAACCAGGACCAGGCGAGACAGGGCAACUACAACAACGCCGGCAGGUACGACAAAGACUACGGCAACCGCCGUAACUACAACCGCAACAACAACUACUACAACCAGGAAGAUUUGGACAGGAGGAAUUUGGAUAAUUACUACCAAGGCGGUAGAAGAUACGCCGAGGAAAAUUACGAGCAAAGGCCGCAUUAUUACCCGCAACAUCCGAUUCCGGUGCCGCAUUAUCAAGAACACUACCGCCCCUUACCUGUACCUUCCCCCAAGCACAUCACGAUUUACGAAGAUCCUCGGUACGUCGAAUCUGAUUUGAGAUACCGGAGAUCAGACUACGGGGACGACUAUGUUCAGCUGGACGUACGAAGCCCUCUGGAAAGACCUAAUCAUUACAGGGUUCCCGACAGACUGCCAGAUUAUUAUUACGAUUAGGUUUCUUUUCAUAUUGUUUCUGGCAGCGGUCUGCUGCUAGUAGGACU